GAAGCGUCUCAGUAGAAACCCCCACUCAUCUCCGAUGACCCUACCUAAGUACUUCUUCUCCCACCUUCCUUCUCUCGGGUAUUACGCUCCCUUGUUUCCCCCGUACACCGCCUCUCCUCAAGGUAGCCGCGUUUCCGCAGGACUUUUAAGUUCCUCGAAGGCGUGGACCGCAGCCACCGCGAGCACAGACGCACCCCGAUCCAUAGACGCCUACUCUCGUUCCUCAGCCUUCCAACCCAAGGAUGACGAGACUCUAUGCCUUCCGCCACCAGCCCAUCAAGGGUGUCUACUUGACGGGACAGUUGAUCCUGACAGCCCUCGUCCGCCUGCCUGUCUGGGUGCUCAUCUCGCUUCCCGUAUCCUGGCGCCCAAGACCAUCCUGGACCCUCAAGCAGUGCAUCAGAAUAAAGCUCAUACGCUUCCUCACGUAUCUCGGCGACCAAGUCGGCCCCGUCGCCUUCCGACGCACGCCUAACCACGAAGCCAUUGUGCCCGGCGAGGGCGUCAACGGAGUCUGGAUAGACCCCGUACCCGACCUGAUCUACGAUGAGCUGAAGGUGUGGGCGACCGCGCAAGGCGUCGAGCCCGCGCGCAUCCCUGGGUACUGGCUUCACGGCCUCGAAAGCACCAUCUCGAUCGGCGCGCCACCCACGCCGGGCGAGAAGGUCGUCCUGUGCCUCCACGGCGGCGCGUACAGGAGCCUCUCCGCGCACCCCUCCGACCUCACCUCGCGCAUCCCGCGCGCCUUCCUGGAGCACUGCGGUUCCCUUGUCAAACGCGCAUUCUCUGUGGAGUACAGGCUAUCCUCCACCGCGCCCUUCCCCGAGCGCAACCCCUUCCCAGCGGCGCUUCUUGAUGCGCUCGCGGGGUACAACUACCUCGUGAACGUCGUGGGCUUCGCGCCGCAGGAUAUCAUCCUCGAGGGCGACUCCGCGGGCGGGAACCUCGCAUUGGCGCUCACCCGCUACCUCGUCGAGCAUGCAGGGCGGUCCGGCAUCUCGCGACCGCCUGGGCGCCUGGUACUCUCCUCGCCGUGGUCCAAUGUCGGCAGCGGCUACAGGGCACUGCCCGGCUCGUCCUGGGAGCUCUAUGGCGAGACCGGAAUGGACUACCUGCGCGCUGGCGAGGGUGCAGACUAUUGCAGUAGGGCGUUCGCGGGCUCGCUGGGUUUGCUCAUGCUCGACCUGAACCGCUACGUCUCGCCCGCCUCGCAGCAUCCCGCGCUUGGGAAGGUGGACUUCAAGGGCUUCCCGCCGACCUUUAUUACCGCGGGCGGGUGCGAGUGCUUGCUGGAUGAGAUUCGCAUCCUGCGAGAUCGGAUGACGGUGGAUAUGGGGGAGAGCGCGGUAGCGUACCGAGAGGAGCCCGAUGCCGUGCAUGACUUCCUGGCUUUUACUUGGGAGCCGGCGACGGCGGAGACGUACAAGGCUAUUGCGCGGUGGUUGGGAGCAUGAAAUGUCACAACCCGAUGUACAUAGGUUCUGUCAUACGUUUCGUUCAAACUAUUCUUUGGACUUCUUCUCGCUUACGCGUAUGCAGAGCUUCGAUUCAGAGGACCUCAGCGUUUCCUAGACUGUUCGCUACGUUGUACGCGUCACGCUCAUCAAUCAACCGUGACAACUUUGCACGUGAUCGUGCUUGGCUAGGCUCCUGAUUCCUGAAUCUGACCUCUGCCACGACUGCAACCUUGCCCAGCUCGACGGCGGCAGGACUGGGCACCGACGCGAAGAGGUCGAUGACUUGCCCUCAGCAUGGGCGCUGUGCCAGUCGACAGCGCGCUCGCGCGAGUCAGAAGGAUGUUGCACAGUUGCAACAUCGAGCAUGAGCGCUGCCUCAAUCGAUGUUCCUUUCGUGGGAUCGAAAGGCGUUUGCUCCAGUCGCCUGAUAUGUU